UAAACUCCCUCUCUUGUCACACUUUGGCUCUUCAUUAAAUAACAACACUUCUUAUUAGAUUCCUCGUGGUUCAACGGUGAGUGUUUACUUUCCUCAUGGAUUCUAAGAGCUUCAAAUUUUACGCGCUGAGCGGCUCCAUUGCUCGGCGCGUGUUCUUCCGCGCGUUAUUGCUCUCCUCCGCUGUCUCCCUCGUUGCCCUGAUUCGCUUCCUCCCCACCGUCGAUUUGGGAUCUUUGACUCCCAAGACCUACUUUGACUGCGUCGACGACGACUCAGAUUCGCUCUCCGAAAACGCCACCUUAACCGCCGGCUCCUACUUGUUCCAGAGCCGCAUCCUCAACACCUUCUGGGGCUCCUUCGACUCCAUGAACUGCAAAAACGACACGAGUUUAGCUUCCACCGUCAUCACCAUUCUAACGGGUAAACGACUCUUGAACUUUGGCGCAAGAAGCCUCUGCGUUGGAGAAGGGUCUAAUGUAAUUGUCUCCUCAAUGCAACGGUUGGGAUUCUCCAAUGUCGUUGGUCUCCACAAGCACCCUUUUUUGUCCCUCCACAAAAAGAAAACCGUGUGCCACUUCGAGUACGAUGAUUCCACCUUCGACUUCGUGUUCUCCAAGGAUGUUGUUGACCAGGUUUCUGUCCCAGCUGCAUUGCUCGUGCUUGAGGUUGAGCGCAUUCUUAAGCCUGGUGGAAUCGGUGCCUUGCUUGUUGGUUCUUCUUCUUCAUCAUCAGUGCCUUCAUUGCUGAGAUCUUCCAACCUGGUGCAUGUUGGUUAUGUCAAUGAACUCAACCUUGUGGUUUUCAAGAAAAGAUCUGAAAACGCAAGCACAAGCUCUACUUUUUAUAACCAUGUACUACCAGAAGAUUGUGCAAGUGUUGAAUUCACCAAGCCUUUGGUGAAACUAAUGGAGCCUCUUGUGGUGGAAAGAUUAGGACAUGAUGUCAAGUAUGAGAAAAAAAAUGUCUCCUAUUUGCCUAAGUUUGUGGACGUUUCUAAUAAGAAGAGGCUGGUGUAUAUUGAUAUUGGGGUGAGGGAGUUGGUGAAUGCAAAUGUCAAUGUUACUAAUUGGUUCCCACCGUCUUAUCCCAUUGAUCAGAAGGCUUUCAGUGUUUACUUUGUUCAUUACAACGCUUCUGUGUUGUCCUAUGUGAAACUGCCUCGUGUCACGUUCGUUUAUCAUCCGGGUUUAGCUGGGAAAAUUGCACACAAGAAUGGUGUGGAUGGAGAAAUGGAACCGUUUUUCGGUGAGGAAGAGUUUGAUUUUCUUGUGUGGUUCAAGGAAACUGUGCAGCAUGCUGAUUUUGUGGUUCUGAAGAUGCAUGCUGGGGAAGUUGAAAUGAAGUUCCUUGCGGAUAUAUUUGAGAGUGGAGCUAUAUGCUCUGUUGAUGAGUUGUUUCUUAGUUGCUCAGAGAGUGGAGAUGGUAAAAGGGAAACCAUGAGCAGCAGGGAACACUGCAUGGAUACUUACAAGGGUCUCAGAAGCAAUGGUGUCUACGUUCAUCAAUGGUGGGAUGCAAAAUUGCAUCAAGGGGCUUAAGGGUCAUAUGUACAGUGAUUGUCGCGUGAGAGAAAUUGUACUAUUUGUAUCUUCUUUGUGUGUUUGAUAUCUUGGAUUGCAGAACAACUAUCUAGUGGUAUUAUUGUUUUUGUUGUCUAUCCUAGAAAGUAGGAUGCUUAAUGCUAAGGCUAUGAACACCCGCAAUAAAAUCACUGUGCUCAUUGCUUUUCUUUUC